AUUCAGACAACGACAUUGCACGACAUGAAUUAACAGUUAAACCAUCGUCAGGGUAGGCUGGGAUACAUGUGAGGUGAGGACUACAGAAGUGAUCCAACAUGAGCUGGGCCUUAGAGGAGUGGAAGGAUGGGCUUCCUGGAAAAGCCCUCCAGAAGAUCCAGGAGAUCGAGAGCCAGCUCGACAAGCUGAAGAAGGAGAGGCAACAGAAGCAGUUUCAGCUCGACUCCCUGGAAGCUGCUCUCCAGAAACAGAAGCAGAAGGUGGACCAGGAGAAAAAGGAUGCAGAGGCUCUUAAGAGGGAGAACCAGUCCCUGGUGGAGUCCUGCGAUGGCCUGGAGAAAACCAGACAGAAGGUGACCCAUGAGCUGCAGGUGAAGGAGCAGCAGGUGAACUACCUGGAGGGACAGCUUAACUCCAGCAAGAAGCAGAUUGAGAGGCUGGAACAAGAGAUCAAGAGGUACAAGAAUGAGCUGGAUAGGACCCAGAGCUCGCAUGUGUUAGACUCACAGCCCUACAGCACUCCACAGAAGACUUUUGCAACACCCAUCACUCCAAACUACAGGCAGCAUGAUUCAAAAUUUGAGGACCUUCAAGAAAAGUACAACAAAGAAGUAGAAGAGAGGAAAAAGGUGGAAGCAGAGCUGAAACUUAUGCAAGUCAAAGUGAGUUUUUCAGACUCACAUGAGUAUACCAUGAGCCACAAGAACAUUGCACGGCAGCAGGCACAGUCCUCCAUUUUCCCGUGGCAACAGGACCAGACACCGAGCCGUCAAUCGCACAACUUCAUGGAGACUCCGCUGAAGAGGCGGACCGGGAAUUCCAGCUACCUGUGGGAACCAGCGGAGACGCCUGUCAAACAGACCCCCAGAGACACAGUGGCCUCGCUGAGCGACUCGGCCAGCGCUCAGACUAUUGAGCAGCUGAGGACGGCGAAUCAAGAUCUGAAAGCCAAGCUGUCUGAGCUCAAUCUUAGACUCCAGGCCCAGGAGAAGGAGGUGAAGAACCAAAUGAACAAGUUUCAAGAACUUCAGAACCAGCUGGAUAAAGCCAGAAAAGACCUUGGCGAGAAAGAUAAAGCCCUGAGCAAGUCCAGAGAUGAGCUUACCAAGGUGUCGGGACAGUAUGAGCAAGCAGUUAGCAAGUGUUCGUCAGUGGAGCAGAAACUGAAGCAGGUGACAGAGGAGAUGAACUGCCAGAGACACAAUGCCGAGAGUUCCCGUCGGGCACUGGAGCAGAAGAUCAAGGACCAGGAGAGGGAGAGCCAAAAGGAGCUUGCACAUCUGCAGAAUGCCCACCGCACUCUGGACCAGCAGUUUAACCAGACGAAAACAAAGAUGAGCCAGGAGCUCCAGCAGGCUAAAAAGGACCAAAAUGUCCUGCAGUCUGACAUGGAAAAGGUGAUGGCACAGAAGAGUCGUCUGGAAAAGGAUUUAGAAGAGCUGAAACAGAAGCUGUGCAGAGUGGAGCAAGCCCUGCAGGCCAGCCAGGCUAAAGAGACGGAUCUGAAGAAGAAAUUUGAGGAGGUGCAGAGAGAGAAGAAUGGUCUCAGCUGUCAGGUGGAGCAAGGCUCAAAGAGAUCAUCUCAAGUGGAGGAAGAGCUGAAAACCACUAAGCAAAACCUGAAGCAGAGCCAUAGUGCGGUGGAGGAUCUCAAAGCUAAAAGUCAGGCUCAAAGUGAAGAACUGAAAGGACUUCAGGUCAAAAUGGAAAGCCUCAACAGGUCUUUUGCCCAGGAUUUGGAAAACCUGAAGAAAACUCUGGCUGAACAGGAAGCAAAGAAGGAAACGUAUGAAAAGGAAAUUCAGAAACGGAGCAGAGAAAUGGAGCAAAUGGCAAACAAGCACACUGCUCUGGAGAAAGAGCACCACGACCUGCAGCUAACUCUGAAUUCAAAACAGAAUGAAUGUGAUGAAUUAAAGAAGGAGCACGAGACUCUCCUGAGCUGGAAAAAUGAGAAGGAAAAUCUCAUCAACAAUAUAGACACUGAACGCGAAACUAUGCUGAGCAAAAUUAGCGAACUGGAAAAGAGCAUAGAUUCACUUAAUCAUAUCCACAGUGAUCUCAAUCAAAAGCUGCAGAAUCUGGAGAAUGAGAAGGGAUGUUUGACUGCCCAGAUAGAUUCCCUGAAAGGUGAAAUUCUCAACAAAUGCAUGGAACUGGAGGAAAAGGGUAGAGUAUAUGAAGAGCUUCAGAAACAUUCAAUGGAGGCUGACCAGAAGCACAGUAAAGAUCUGGAGAAUACAGCGGUGCAGAUCACUCUUCUCCAGGGGCAGGUGACGGAGUUGGAGGGUAAAUUGAAACAGCAGACUGUCGAGAUGGAGAUAAUGGAGAAAUCUCACAAUGAACUCUUAUCAAGUUAUGAGAGCACAUGUGACCUCCUCAAGUCUAAAGAUUCAGUGAUGGAGCUGAAAGAGAAUGAGAUCUCACACUUGAAGGACAGCUUGGCUCGGACUGUGGUUCAACAAGAGCAGCAAACAGAGGAAUUUGCAGAAGAAAAGGACAGCUUAAUCAAGAAAUAUGAGGAAAGCCUCUUAAAGUUAAAUGAAGAGGCUGAGCAGGCAAAGCUGAACUUUGAGAAGAGCCAGCAGGAUGUGGCCAUCCUGCAGGAUCAGAUCUCUGCCCUGGAAUCUGCUCUGAAAGUCCAAAAAAGCCUAAGUGCAGAGUGGCAAUGCAAGUACGACGACCUGUCCAAAGUCAAAGAUAAUCUCCAGGAUAAGAUGUUGGAGAAAGAAAUGGAGACUUUAAAAUCUGCCCUGAAAGCCUCCGAGAGCCACAUGGAAGAAAAUAAAUGUGUGAUCCAAUCACUGGAAGAGAAGCUGCACACGGCUGAAUUGGAGCGGGUCAGAGCCUCUGAUGCACUAAAAGAGAAUGGCCUUAAAAUGAACAAAAUUGAGGUCCAGAUGGAAAUGCUUCAAAUGGAUCUGGAAGAUAAUGAAGCUGCCAUGAAUUCUUACCAGACUCAGAUUGAUGAACUUCAAGGCUCAAUCAGCACGCUGGAAAGGAAACUAGAGAAUAGUGAGCUGCAGUAUUCCAACUUACAAGACGAAUUGUGUUCUGUGAGGGAAGAAGUUAGUCUGAAAGACAAUGAGAUUUCCCAAAUGCGUGCAUGCAUGGAGGAAACUCAGAAUCACGGACAAACCGUUUCUUCACUGGCUGUUGAAAUGGAGUUGCUUCAGGAGGCAAAGGGAAAACUCCAAGUGGCCUUGGAGGAGGAGGUUCAUAAAUAUACUGACCUGGAGAAAAUGUACCAUCAACUGAUAGAAGAGAAAGCAGAUCUAGACAGCAAAAUUGAGGUUUUGCAAAAAUGCAUUGCAGAGGAGUCUGUUCCACAGGAUGAGACCAGCGAUGUUCAGGCAUCUCGUGGCAACGAAGCCCUGCAGAUGAAGCAGGAACAAUUAGAUUCCAGCAAUGAUUCCCUGACUGGCGGUCAUGUUGAUGGCCUCUUGGAAGAGGAGCUUCAGCAGAAGUCUGCAGAGCUGGAAGAGCUUUCUCAUGCAUUUGAGGAGGCAGUCAGGACUCUGGAGGACCAGAUGGAGACUCAGAGACAGGUCUCUAAAACAGAGAUCGCAGAGUUGAACAGUUUGUUACACAAUUCCCAGAAGAAUCUGGAGCAGCUCCAACAGCAGCAUGCUUCUGAGGUGAGCAGCUGGCAGCAAAAACUGGAAAGCCAGCGCCUGGAGAUGGAAGCCAACCUGGUGGAGGAGAAGCAGCACUCUGUGGCGUUAUCCUCUGAGCUGGAGGCUGCAAGACUGCAGAUGCAGCAUCUCCAUGUUGGAUCGCAGUCUCUUCAUGCUGACCGUGAAGAACUGUUGCAGCAUCAUGCUGAAAUGGAAGACUCUGCCACUUCCCAAAAAGCAGAAGAUGAACCGAAGAGUGAGGAGCUGGAAGGGGUUGCAGGGCUGGAGUCAUCUCUUCUCAGGGAUGAUUUAAAAGAUGGCAAAGCCACCGUGGAACUGCAAGAAGACCUAGAAAAAAAUACAGCAGCUAUCCAAACAUUGCAAGAGGAGCUUCAGACUCUGCACUCUCAGUUAGAGCUUGCCACAGCUGAGCUUACUUUAAAGAAAGACUUGGUUACUGAGAUGGAGAAUAAGGUGCACAAAAUGGAAGAGGAUACAUUGGAUUCUGUUCAAAAAUUAAACUCUGCCAUUCAGGAGAAACAGCAGCUGUCUGUCCACAUUGAAGAACUGGAGGAAGAAGUCAGUUCUUUGAAACUGCAACUGCAGACAUCUAAGUGUCAGCUGUCAGAUGUAAUGGAGAUGCUGGAGACCUUGGAGAUUGCCAAGGGCGGCUGGGAUGAGAAGUUCCUGCAGCUGGAGAGUGAGCUGAAAAGGGUGAGAUCUGAGAAGGCUAAUCUCGAGAAACACAUACUGUCAAUGGAGGUGGACAUAGAGGAGAUGCAGGAACAGAAGCACAAACUGGAGGUGGAGAUUGAUGCGAGUAGGAAAGUCAACAGUAACCUGGAACAGAAUUUAAAUGUGGCGACAAGUGAAGGGCAGCAGCUGAAACAGGAGCUGCUCUUGUGUACGGAGGAGAGAGACAGUGCUGAUCAGUCCCUGCUGGAGUGGAAGGCGAAAGCCGAACAGCUGGAAAAAAGCAGCAGUGAAACAAGAGAACUCAUUAAGAUCCUUGAGGAAGACAUUAGAAAACAAAAACGACAGAGAGAAAUGGCCUGCAGCAGCCUCGAGAGCAUGCAGAGGGAGAAAGAGCAGGUUUUACAAACGCUUCAGACCUUGGAGAGCACCGUUGCUUCAUUGAAUGGGGAGAAGGAAGACUUACUGAAGGAGCUGUACAAGAUUAAAGAGGAACAAAGCACAGCCUGUAGGGACUCUGAAACUAUGGUGAGCAAAAUCCAGACUCUGGCAGAGGAGAAGUCGAGGCUUUCCCAGUCACUGGAAUCCUCCCUCAUAGAAAAGGGAGAAAUAGCAUCCAGACUAAACUCCACCCAGGAGGAGGUCACCCAGAUGAGAGCAGGCAUCGAGAAACUCCGCGUUCGGAUUGAAGCUGAUGAGAGAAAGAAGCGCCAUAUGAGGGAGCUUCUCAAGGCUGCCCAGAGACGGGCAGACUCUCUCCAGGACAGUGUGGAGAAGCUGGAGAGGGAGAGAGAGAUGGAGGAGCAGAGUGUGGAGGAUGCGAUCCUGCAGGCAGAAACCGCCAAAGCUGAGCUGGAAGAUCUGGAGGCUGAAAAGAUGGAGCUCACCAAAAAAAUGGAACAGGUGACCACAGAUAAAAACAGCCUCAAAGAGGAGAAGGAGAAACUCGAAAAGGAACUUGCUCAAAAAAGUAAACAGUGUGAGCAGCUGCAAGAGUCUACUCUCAUGGUGUCUGCGAAGCUAGACAGAGCUGAGAGAGAAAUGAAGGAGUUAGACAUAAGUAAGGACAACACCAUUAAGGAGCUUCAAACCCAAGUGAGUUUCCUGGAUGGCCAGCUGCAAGCCUGUCAAACUGAACUCGACUCCACACACUUGAAAGAGCAGGACCUUGCAAAUCAGUUAGCAUCUCUUGAAACCGAAAGCAAGACACUAACUCACAGACUCCAGGAAGCCGAGAAACGUCUGGCCGAUCUGCAGUCCACAAACCAAUCCCUGCAAGAGGACUGCGAGGCCAAACGUCAGGAGCAGAGGGAGUGCCAGGGGGAGGUUGACAGACUGCAGCAGAAGGUGGCCGAGCUGCAGACUCUGAGGCAGGAGGCGGAGGAGAAGCUGGCCUCUGCGGAGACGCAGCGGGACGAGCUGCAGAGGGAGAGGAUGCGGCUGCAGGCAGCCUCUGCACAGCGGGAACAGACGGCACAGGAGCAGGCUGCACAGGCAGAGGCCAUGCAGCUCACCGUCGGGUCUCUACAGGGACAAGUGAAGCAACUGCAAGACGACCUGGCAGCUGAAAAACACGAUAAGGCAGAGCUCACUGAAGAGAUGAAAGCAUUGCAGGACUGUAAUAUGAGGCUGCAGAGUGAAAUUGAGGAAGAGCGGAGAAGGGUUGAGGAAGGCCAGCGGCAGCGUGAGGCAGAGAUUCAGGCCAUGAAGAAAGAGCUGACCGCAGCAGAAGGAGAGGCCAGCCAGCUCUCAUCUGAAAUCAGCACUCUGAAGUCCAGCAAAGAGGAGUUAAAUUCAGCCUUACGAGAGCUGGAAUGCAAACUGGAGCAAGCUGACAACACUAAGACAGAUGAGCUGUCCUCCAGGGUCACCCGGCUCUCCAAAGAGAGGGACUCUGCUCUCAGCAAGAUGAACCUGUGGAUGAAGUCCUGCAAGCAGCUGGAGAAGGAGAAGCAGGCCCUCGUGGAGGAGAACGACCAGCAGGGGGCGCUCAUCGCAACCAUGCGGAACAGCCGAAAACAAGGUGACAGCAGCUACAAUGUGGAGGACCUGCAAGCGGAGAUUAUAGAGCUGAAGGAGGCCUUGGAAGACAAGACCAGGGAGGCGGACGAGAGCACGGACAAGUACUGCAGCCUCAUGGUCAACCUGCACAAGCUGGAGGAGACCAACGAAACCCUGACGAACAGAAUCGCCCAGCUCACCAGCCAGGCGUCAACCUCCAAAGGCAGGAAGUCCCUGACCAAGGUGUCCCAGAAUGCAGCGGUGUCUGAGGGCACCACGCCUGAUGAGGAAGAGAAGAAGGAGGAUGGACAGUGUCAGGUGUCGGGGAAGAGGCAGUGGGCGGGGUCGUCUGAGGUGGGAGACGUGCCCACGAAGGCGCAGGAGGCCCUGUAUAACCUCUCCAAGAGGAUUAAAGCAGGGGUUCCAUCCCAGGCCACCCAGGAGGAGAGCGAGUUCAGACCCGAGGGCUUACCAGAGCUGGUGCAGAAAGGUUUUGCGGACAUUCCCAUGGGAGAGGCGAGCCCCUACAUUGUACGCAGAACGACGAUACAGCGAUGCAGUCCUCGCCUGGCUGCUCGGAGAUCCCUCUCCGCUCACAACCCCAAAACGCCCGAUGCCUCUGUCCAUAGCCCUAAACAACCAGCAGAGGGCAGCAGACAACAAAAAGAGCCCGAAUUCCCCCCGAGCACACCUGGCUGCGUUUCUGGGCCCCUCUCCUCGGUGGGAAACAGCCCUGUGCCGCGAGCGGAGGGCAGGAAGGCCCGGAGGUCCCUCAGCGGCCGGACUCCCGAGCAGCAGGACAGACGCAGACACGCUGCAACCCCUGCCAGACAGGACGACAACUGCCAGGUCCAGUAACGCCAGCCCCUCAGCCCGGCAGGCCUCAGA